AUGUCACAAAACAACCACUCGUCAGGCCCUCCGUCAGUGAUUAAUGCCGGUCUGUUUAAGACCGGAUCGGCGUCGAUGGCAGAGGCAUAUAAGAUUCUGGGACUACGGCCGCAUCACGGCCUCGAUAUCACGGACGUGCCCGAGCACUGGGCGCAGCUCGAGCGAGCGGCGGAGGCAAAAUGGCCAGACAUCCCCGGAGCGCGACCGCAUAAGGCCUUCACGCGCUCUGACUGGGACAAAGUCUUCGGCGAGUACGACGCUAUCACGGACUUAGGGGCCCCCUUUGCCGAGGAGCUGGCGGCGGCGUAUCCAGAUGCCAAGGUUGUGGUGGUACAGCGUGACGCGGACAAGUGGUUCAAGAGUUUCGACCAGCAGACGGUGACGCCGACCUGGGGCGCCCGCGCUAGUUUCAACCACUAUGUCGUGUUUCCUAUCCUGCGCUUCCGCGGAGUAUAUACCAUCCGUAAGAUUCUCUACGGGCAAUGGCGAGCGAAGACGCCUGACGACAUACGAAAAAAUGCAAAGCGUGAGUACGAGGCCUACUACGCUCGCUUACGCGAAGUGAUACCGCCGGAACGGAGGCUUGAGUAUAAGAUAGGGGAUGGUUGGGUUCCUCUUUGCCAAUUUCUGGGGAAGGAAGUGCCGAACGUGGAUUUCCCUUGGGUCAAUGAAUCUGCAGCACACUCGGCUAGGUUCUUCUUCGCGCAAUCCAAUCAUGAGGGAUUUGGAUAUUUCUCUUCUCAGCAAAACAACUCGAGUUAG